UGCUGGGGCUGCCGGAGCGUGACGUGCCCACCGGCAGCCCAGAGGCUCCAGCGCAGGGCGACUGGCGCAUCGACCAGCUCCUGGACGAACUGCGGGGGUCGACGGGUUACCACCGGAAACGUGCCGAGGCGACCAGAGCGGCAGCGGGAGAGGACACCUCUCACGUGGAUACCUUAUUCAAGACUUCGUUUAAAUCGGUCAGCGGCGGGUCGGAUGGAGAUGGCGGAUCAGGGUUUGAGAAGAAGUGGGGUAACGGAGGAAUGUCGAGGUUCGACAAGAAGACCAUGGAGCGCGGUCGCAGCCGCCUACACCCAGGGGUAGCGGAGUCGGCGAUUAAAAAACGUCUCGGUCUGAAUAGCAUCAGCACCGUAGCGCGGCGGGGCGCGGUGGACGACCCGGCCAAUCGGGACGAGUUUGGCGAGCCGCUCAACCCGGAGGACUUCGCCAAGGCGCUGAAGCUGGAAACGGCGCUGCCGAUGACGCCGCCAGCCAGCUCCGAGGACCCGAUCGAGAUGGCCGACAUGUUCCAGGGCGACAUCGUGGGCGCGCCGGACGAGCACCCGCGCAACGCCAUCAACCUGCCCGACGAGAAGUGGCCGCGCGGCGAGAUCCCGUACGUCAUCGCGUCCGGCUUCACCAGCGACGAGCGCGCCGUCAUCGCCGGCGCCGUGCUGCAAUUCGAGCGCAACACGUGCAUCCGCGUGCGGCCGCUGGGGCCGGGCGCCGGCACACACCAGGGCUACGUGCACAUCGUCAAGGGCGACGGCUGCUUCAGCUCGGUGGGCCGCAAGGUGAGCAUGGGAGGCAGCCAGCAGUUGUCGCUCGGCUCCGGCUGCGUGUACCCGGGCAUUGUGAUGCACGAGUUCAUGCACGCUGCUGGCUUCUGGCACGAGCAGAGUCGGCCCGACCGCGACCAGUACAUCACCAUCCAUUGGGACAACAUCCCCGUCACCAAGCAGUACAACUUCAACAAGUUUACCUGGGACCAUGUGCAGAACCUCAGUGAGCCGUACGACAUCGGCUCCAUCAUGCACUACGGGCCGAAAGCGUUCGCUACCAACCGGAGGAAGCCGACAAUCAGCGCGAAGCGGUUGGGCGAGGGCGCCAACAUGGGCCAGCGCAGCGGCCUCUCUCGCAUCGACAUCAGCAAGCUGAACAAGCUGUACGAGUGCCACGGCGUCACGGCGCCGCCAACGCCCGUCGUCGGCAAGGUUGAGUGCAAGGACGGCAACGCGUACUGCAAAGACUGGGCCAGCAGCGGCGAGUGCGCCAAGAACCCGUUAUAUAUGGAGAUGCACUGCGCGCGCUCGUGCGACACGUGCCCCGACGGCGUGUGUCGCGACCACAACGAGUACUGCUCGGACUGGGCGGGGCGGGGCGAGUGCGCCGCCAACGCCUCGUACAUGACGCUCUACUGCAGGAAGUCGUGCGGCCUGUGUCCCGAGGCGUCGCACGGCCGCGGCGGCGCGUGCACUGACGUCAGUCCUUUCUGUCAGUCGUGGGCCGGCUCGGGCGAGUGCAAGGUCAACCCCGACUACAUGGUCACCCACUGCCGCAAGGCCUGCGGAUUCUGCUGAGACAUCGCUUCCAACUUCGGCCCGGCCGCUGAGGCUCGCUUUCAACCUGCGGGUUCUGGCCACGCUGUGACGUGGCCAGGGCGUGAUCUUCCGGGUCAAUGUCACCGACCUCAGACCAAUAUCCUGCAGGGGCAGGUACAUGAUCGGACUUGUGGUAUGGUCAUAUCCUUUUUGAGUGGGAGAGUAAGUUCUAGUUUGGUGGUAAUUGCUCUAAACCUAACACAGAUAGUGCGUUUUCCAGUCUCUGGAGGAACAAGUUCGUCCUGCCCGCCGUUGAACCGCCCUUCUUGUACUAUGAGAUCGCUUCGGGGUUGGAUUAUGUGCCUCACUGUGUAAUGUGUUUGUUACCGUUCACUUUCACCCAGCUGGCCUGUUUUUGAAUUAUACCGAUAUCAUCACCGCGCCUCGUUUCAAACCAAGAAAGUUCUUUGAAGAGACGAGCACCAAAAUAUGACAGCCUGGGUUCGAGGCAGUGCAUGUUUCUUACGCCACGGCAGUCACGAGCGCAUCAAAUCACGUGAUCAAAUCCUUUCAGAUUGCGGGAGCCACCUGACAAAAUAUGUAGCACAACUGUCACGUGACGAGAAAAUGGACGACAGAUUACAGCUGGCUGCGCAGCGACACGGUUCAUUGGGCUCCGUCUCUUCCAAACCCCCUGAACCCCUCCGGACUCACUUUUGGAGUAGCGUACGAGGGUGCUCACAACCAGUGAUCCGGCCCGGGAGACAGAGAACCGCCGCCACAACAGGCGACAUCUGCAGCCACGCUAGUUCCUGCACGGGACCGCAGCUCGUCGGGAGGGUCAGACGUGAGGCAGGGCACUUACAGUAGUCCUCAUAAUCAAAAGUUAAUGUCUAGGAAUUCGGUGCGAGUGGGGCAGGCCCGAGUUGCUGCGAACUACCUGAUGAAGUGUUGUUCGAGAUGUUUUAGUGUGGCGACGAGGGGCAGCGUGUUUCUUGGAGCAUAAUAGGCACAGAAAGCGUGGCUUACAUCGACGAUCAAAUGCCAUGUGGUGGUGUCACCAUCACCGUUCGCCUUGAAGACAGCAGCGCAUGCUUGCACAUAAGCAAUUCGUCAAACAGGAUGCUCGUGUGCUAAUAAGGGGAAUCCAUUACAAAAUUAGAGACAAAUAUGGUUGGACGUUACGGAAAAACGACAACAUAUGGAUAUGUGAACCAAGAACGGGCAAUGGUGUGACAGUAAUCAGAAGGAAGCGAUAGCAGGUAACUUAGUGCGCAGACCAUCGCUCACAGUUCUUAUAAGCAACCUUUCCACACCCUGCCAUUCACUUCACCACACCGCGUGAUACCGUCGUAAAGCCAGCUACAUUUCACAUAUAUUUACAAUCAUUCUAGGUGUUGGAAACAAACGAAC